UGCGCUCGGGAGCGGGGAGCGCGCAGGCCGCUGGGAGGUGGCGGGGCCGCGCUGGGCUGAGACGGGGUCGUGAUGCCGCUGCUGUUCCUGGAACGUUUGCCCUGGCCCAGCCUGCGCACGUACGCGGGGCUCAGCGCCUUGGCGCUGCUCGGCUGUGUCCUCAGUGCCUACCGCGCCCUCAGCCAGAUCACCGCCGCCCGGCCAGGGCCAGGGCCAGGGCCAGGGCCCGGGCCCGAGCUCCAGCCCCAGCCCCAGCCCAGCCCGAGCCGCGCCGGGCCGCUGCCGCUAGACGUCGCCUACUACCUGCUGUCAGACAGCCUCUGUGUCUGGAUACUUGUGAAUACUGCGUGUUGUUUUCUGAUGCUAGUUGCUAAAUUAAUCCAGUGUAUGGUGUUUGGUCCUCUUCGAGUCAGUGAGAGGCAGCAUCUCAAGGACAAAUUCUGGAAUUUCAUCUUCUACAAAUUUAUAUUUAUUUUUGGCGUGCUCAAUGUUCAGACGGUGGAAGAAGUUGUCAUGUGGUGUCUUUGGUUCUCUGGGCUGGUGUUUCUCCAUCUCAUGGUACAGCUCUGCAAGGAUCGGUUUGAAUAUCUUUCUUUCUCCCCCACCACACCAUUGAGCAGCCACAUAAGAGUCCUUACUCUGCUGAUUGCCAUGUUACUCUCCUGUUGUGGAUUAGCAGUUGUUUGCGGUGUUAUUGGCUAUACCCAUGGAAUGCACACUCUAGCCUUCAUGGCAGCAGAGUCUCUGCUUGUGACAGUGAGAACAGGUCAUGUGAUUUUACGUUACGUAAUUCAUCUCUGGGAUCUCAACCAUGAAGGAACAUGGGAAGGCAAAGGAACUUACGUGUAUUAUACAGAUUUUGUCAUGGAAUUAACCUUACUUUCACUGGACUUAAUGCAUCAUAUUCACAUGCUGCUAUUUGGCAACAUCUGGUUGUCGAUGGCCAGCCUGGUGAUCUUUAUGCAGCUACGUUAUCUGUUCCAUGAGGUUCAGCGUAGAAUCCGCCGUCAUAAGAACUACCUGCGUGUGGUUGGAAACAUGGAAGCCAGGUUUGCAGUUGCAACUCCUGAAGAACUCGCUGUUAAUAAUGAUGAUUGUGCCAUUUGCUGGGACUCCAUGCAGUCUGCACGUAAACUUCCAUGUGGGCACCUCUUUCACAACUCAUGCCUAAGAUCCUGGCUUGAACAGGAUACGUCCUGCCCCACCUGUAGAAUGUCUCUUAAUAUCACAGACAGUCAUCGGGUUAGAGAAGACCACCAAAGAGAGAACCUGGAUGAGAACUUGGGGCCUGUGGCAGUAGCAGAAGGCAGACCCCGCUUGAACCAGCAUAAUCACUUCUUCCAUUUUGAUGGUUCUCGUAUUGCUAGCUGGCUACCCAGUUUUUCAGUGGAAGUGAUGCAUACCACCAAUAUCCUUGGUAUUACACAGGCAAGCAACUCCCAGCUCAAUGCUAUGGCCCAUCAGAUUCAAGAGAUGUUUCCUCAGGUUCCGUACCAUCUAGUUCUGCAGGAUCUGCAGCUGACCCGCUCUGUAGAAAUAACAACUGACAACAUCUUAGAAGGGCGUAUCCAGGUGUCCUUUCCUACACAGCGUGCAGAUAGCAUUAGACCUGCAUUAAACAGUCCUGUGGAAAGGCAUAAUUCUGAUCAGGAGGAUACUGAAACGACUAUCCAGACUGAGAGAGUGCCGCUUGAACUUAAUCCAAGGCUGGAAGAAGUGGUGGAAUUCAGUGAAAUGGAAUUAGAGCCCAGUGAGACAGAAGACUUUGAGGCAAGAGGAAGUCGCUUCUCCAAGUCGGCUGAUGAAAGACAGCGGAUGUUAGUUCAGCGAAAGGAAGACCUGUUACAGCAGGCUCGAAAGCGUUUUUUAAACAAAACCUCUGAUGAGGACUCUGCCUCAGAGAGGCCUUCUAUGCUGGAGGGUGUUACCUCUGACCCUGUCACCCUGCGCCGCAGAACAUUAGCUGCUGCAGCCGAACGGAGACUUCAGAUGCAACAGAAUUCAUAGCCGUCCCUGCCUCUUCCUCCUUCUCGUGAGCAACGUUUAAAGAAAAAAAAAAUAUCCUGUGCUCUUACCAGCAGGACGUGUCUCUUCAAAGCUCAGCUAGCUGUGCUGAUGAGCGAGCUGGCUGCCUCUCUGCUGUAUAAAGCAUGUGGUCUUAAUAGUGUUUGGACAGCUGACAAAUUAACCUUUUUUUGUAAUCUUUUCUAUGUGACAUUUAUCCCCCCGCGACAAGCAAAUGCAGUUUCUAAACCACAGGCAUGAUACCUGGUGCUAGCAUGAGGUGUAGGCCAACUGCAUGGCAGAGGCAGGGGAAAGACUACAUAUUCUAAAUUAACAGCUGUUUGAGAAUGCUGGCAUGUUUACCUUGAUGUCAUCCACAGGGAGUAUUACAGGAGGGAAAAGUGUUGAGAUUUGCAAUGAAUUCCCUAGUAGGUCAGCAGGCAUCCACUGCCAAGUUACUGCUCUUAUCAAGAAUGAGUUAAAAGUAUUACCUAAGACUGCUUGCAGCCUGGCAGAAAGAAGUGAUAGCCUUAGAUGCUGGAAGUCAGGAGCAGUGCAGUCUUCUAGCAUGUUGCUGGCAAUUUAGUUCAUAGGCUGGAUUGAUUAGCUACAUAACUUAAAUAUAACCUUGGGUUGUGUAGUGAGGCAUUGAUCACUUGUGUUAUCCCUGUAUAAGUUAGUUUUACCCUUUCUGGGCUUCUUUGCACUAAACUAACUUCUGGCUCUGCUCACUCUCCAGGGCUGCGUUAUUUUUAUGCAUUUCAUUGCUAGCAACAGAAAUGGGACUGAUGAGAAAAGUAUGAAAAAGAGGCAUGAAGCAAAUAAUUCAGUGUUACAAUAUGCCAAUGGAACAGAGUUGAAAACCAAUGAGCUUGGUGACAUGCAGAGAAGGGUCUGUACAUGGAUGGAUGGAUGAGACUGCACUGAAGAGACUAGAGAUAGUUGUGGUGUCUUGCUUUUUAUUUUUUAACCCCACAUUAGAUAGUAAUACAUACAUUAGCUUAACCAGACGUACAGAGAUGAGAAAAAUCAAGGCAGCUGGACCGUAGGGGAUGUAAACACAGUGAAUCUAACAUUUCCUUUAAUUUUUUUAAAGAACUUUUGACAUGAGACACAUUUGGUACCUAGGUCGCAUAGCUGAGUUUUACAUGACAGUGGCUUAAUUUUUAAAUGUUUGGGGAGUGAGUUCUAGUAUCACUGUCUUUCAGAAGGCACCAAGUAUUAUCUACAAUUACUGGUAACUUUUUUUUUUUUUUUACUGCUGGUUUUUAGGACAUUUAAGGGUGAAUUUAAUGAAAGGAUGAAUCAUAUAAAUGCUUAGGUGAAGAUAAUUUAUUUCAAGAAAUCUCUUUGGAAAGCCUUACCUUGCAAUCCUAUUAGUAAACUUUAAAGACUUAUAUUUUUUGUGAUUUGGUUUUGCUCAGAGCACAGAUGUUUGUUUUUAUUGUUUAAAAAAUAAAAAAAUAAACUCUUGAUCAGUGU